AUGCAGCACAUACUGAAAUCUGCUGGAAUGUUGAAGGCAGGUACUACAAUUACCAGGCUGCCUACCCCGCAUCGCGGGUGUGUUGUUGUUCGUUCAUGUGCUGCGACAUGUGAGGCCUCCAAAGCAAGGGAGCAACAUGCCUUAGCUGUGGCUUCGCUCCUAGCCUCGACCAUCGUUACCGUGGCUUCUGCAUCACCGGCCCUCGCCGACGAGGCCGCUGCAGCUACUGUCACUUCUGUUGCCGUGGAGCUGGCAUCGACAGCAAACGUUUCGGUUGAAGGUAUUGAUGCUCUUGUUGCUCCGGCUGUUGAGGUACUGCUGUUUUGUCCCCUCUUCUGUAUUGCUUUUCUUAACCUGGUCUUUUCCCCGUCGGCCGUGUGCGAGAAACCCCAGUCAGAGGCUGUGGCCAUUGCAGUUGCUCCCCCUGCCCCUCAAGCGGUUGCGGCUGCUGAUGUGGAGUUGGCUCCUGAGGCCAGCACCACUGAGGUCGCCCCGGAGCCUGCGGUCGAGCCUGUCUCUGCAGUCCUUGCGGCUGACGAGCCGGGCGGUCUCGGUGAUUGGCAACGCGCGGGUCUGCCGCUGUCGGAAGGCGCCAGCGGCUCCAAGGGGCAGGGCAGCAGCAACAGCGGUGGUAGCUCGGGUGCAGCCACCGGGCGCGGAACCAGCAGCGGUCGCCUCACCGCCACCGCCAGCAGUCGCAACGGCACUGGCAGUGCGAAGGCAACCACGACCAAGGAGCUGGUGUCGGUCUCAUCGCGAGGUCGCAAAUGA